AUGCAACCCGCAACUGCCACGUCGGAAAGUAGUAGAAGUAGGAGAACUCUCCUUUCACAUUUUGUGAUCAAGAACAAGAAGUUUAGUUUAGACAUUGUUGAAGAUUACGUGGCUGACUGGCAAGAAGUGGGGAAGGCCAAUGCCAAUGAUGAGACCCUUUUGUACUCCUUCAGUCCUUUGCCUCUGCCGCUUCUAGCUACUCUUCUUGGAGCUGGCACUGUGGCAUCUUUGUUUGAGCCCUUUAUUAAACUUGUCAAGUCGUUUAGGCUUCUUGGCUGGCUCGUGCAUUGGGGUCACCUGGGCAGCAUGGCUGUUGUGCUUUUCGCUAUGGGUGGCUAUGGAACAUAUCUUGGUUACCAGAUACGCUUUUUAGAUGAUGUGGAGGAGAAGGCCAAUGCCAAAGACUUGCACCCUAAGCUUCUAGCAGGGAUUUUCUUCUUUGCUCUUGGAGCAACUGGAGGGGUAAAAUCUCUUCUCACUUCAGACAAACCCAUUUUUGAAAGCCCUCAUGCUGUUACAGGGCUCAUUGGUCUUAGUCUCUUGACCAUACAAACAAUUUUGCCUGCUUUGUUUGAGGGUAAACCUAAAUUAAGAACCGUUCACGGGGUAUUUGGUACUGGGAUCAUGACAUUGUUUGUUGUCCAUGCUGCUCUUGGACUUCAACUUGGCCUAAGCUAUUAA